UAUACUCACAUUUGUAUGUUUUCGAGCUUCAGGGUUGACAGAAGCUGGGGCUAACAGUGGAGGCUCUCUCUCCACUCCCCUAGUUCAAACCUGCGACCUUUCGGUCCAGAAGUUCAGCAGGUCAAUGCUUUAACACACUGCGCCAUCAGGGGAUAUUAUUUGCUAAAGCUUGUGAAUAUACAAUAUUUCUGAUUGUUCUUUUUUUUUUGUCUGUUGGAGGCAAGUAUGAAUGCUGCAAUUAGGCGAAAUGAUUAGCAUGUAAUGGCCUUGCAGCUUUAAAGCCUGGCUGAUUCCUCCUUGAGGGAAUUUUUUGUUGGGAGGUGUUAGCUGGCCCUGAUUAUUUCCUGUCUGGAAUUCCCUUGUUUUCAAAGUGGUGUUCUUUGCGAUAUUUUAUUUGCUUCUACUGUCUAUGUAGAUGAAGAAGUACUGAUAUGCAGUGCUUGAGCGCACACAGUCCCCCCCCCCCCAAAAAAAGUCUGUGGUCCUGAGAAAACAGAGGAUUUGCCAGACUUUGGUGAUGGGAAUACUUUGUUGGGAGGUGUUAGCUGGCCCUGAUCGUGUCCUGUCUGGAAUUCCUCUGUUUUCAGAGUCUUUAUUUAGUGUUCUGAUUUUAGAGAUUGCAUUGUUCUGUUUUAUUAUACCACAGUAAUUUUUGUAUAUUCUGAUUUUAUUUUAUUUUUUGAAUACUUGGAGCCAGAUUGUAUUCAUUUUCACGGUUCAUAGCAACACAAUAAUAAUAAUAAUAAUAGUAAUGAUAAUAAUAAUAAUGACUUUGGUAAUACACACUGCUUCACUCCCUUCUCAGUUUCCUUUCUGGAAGAAUCCUUUCUUGGGAGGUGUUAGCUGGCCCUGAUUGUUUCCUUUCUGGAAUUCCCAAUUUCCCUGCUUUCAGAGUGUUGGUCUUUAUUUACUAUCCUGGUUUUAGAGAUUAUAUUGUUCUGUAUUAUUCUAUCACAGUAAUUAUUUCAUAUUACAGUAGAAUCUCACUUAUCCAACAUUCGCUUAUCCAGUGUUCUGGAUUAUCCAAUGCAGUCUGCCUUUUAGUAGUCAAUAUUUUUUUAGUCAGUGUUUUAAAUUCAUUGUGAUGUUUUGGUGCUAAAUUUGUAAAUACAGUAAUUACUACAUAGCUUUACUGCGUAUUGAACUACUUUUUCUGUCAAAUUUGUUGUCUAAUAUGAUGUUUCGGUGCUUAAUUUGUAUAAUGAUUACCUAAUUUGAUGUUUAAUCGGUUUUUCCGGAAUCCCUUCUUAUUAUCCAACAUAUUCACUUAUCCAACGUUCUGCCGGCCUGUUUAUGUUGGAUAAGUGAGACUCUCCUGUAUAUUGAUAAUCUUAUAUGCUUAGAACUGGAUUAUAUGAGGCUCCUUCUACACAGCUGUAUAAAAUGCAUACUAAAGUGGAUUAUAUGGCAGUGUGGAGUCAAGAUAAUGCAGUUCAAAGCAGAUAAUAUAAAAUUAUAAAUGGAUUAUAUAGCUGUGUGGAAGGGCCUUGGAAUGUACACUGCCAUAUAAUGCAGUGCAAAUUAGAUAAUCUGUGGAAGAGGCCUAAGUGAGGCCUAACUCUGCCUGUCCCCUGGGCUGAGUGGGUUGCUAGGAAACCAAGUGGGCGGAGCUUAGCCUUUUAACUGGCAGCAAUUGGAUAAAAACAAUUAUUCCUCUCCCUCUAAUUAGGACUUUAUUUUUCGGAACCUAGGGCAAGGAUGGUGGAUUGUGCUGUCAAAUUUCUAGGUUCUGGGGCUUGUACUUUUGUCGAUUAGCGCGAGGAAUGGACACCAUUACUCUUUUAUAUAUAUAGAUUGUCUAUAUUGUUUUAAUUCAUGGAUUGUGUUUUAGCCUUUGUUAUUGUUGGGCUCGUCCCUAUGUGAGUCACCCCAAGUCCCUUUGGGGAGAUGGUGGCGGGAUAUAAGAAUAAAAUUGUUGUUGUUGUUGUUAUUGAACUGAGGGCUUUGGGAGUUCAUGCAGGCAUGUGGACAUCCCAGAGGUGUAACAGAAGGAUUACUACCUUUCCUUCCUGUUUAUGAUAUGUCCUCCAACUAAGACAAUGGCAAGUAAUGAGGAGCUGAUCCAUUAUUUUCUAUCCAAGGGCCCUUCCACACAGGCAUGUAAUGCAGUUUGAGAACUGACACUAAAAAGUCAGUUCCAAGCCGCAUUGAAGCCACACAAGGCUAUCCUGAGCCACCUCCACAGUCCAGCCUUUUCCCCUUCCCUCCCUUCUGUCUUCGAUACCUUCCCUUCUUCCUUCUACCCCUUCUUUCCCUCCUCCAUCCCUUCUUUCAUCCAUCUAUCCCUUCUCACACCCUUCUACCUGGCUGAAUACUACAACAGUGCCAUCCCAGGAAUUCUCUUGGGCUUUCUUUUAGAAAUAUACAUACUGCUUCACUUCAUUGUCAUUGUGUUGCAUCUGUGAGCUUUGGUUGCUAUAUAGAGAAAGAGCUGAGGUUUGAAAGGAGCUUUGGGAGCUGAAUUCAGAACAGGGAUGGAGCCAACGUAGGUCUAAAGAGGGAAGGAAAGAGAGAGUGAGGACAGAGUUCCCUGCAACAGUUUCCACUAGACUGGAAGUGAUUGGGAGGUGGGGGUGGGAGCAGGUUCCUUUCCUAGGCAAACCCCUCUUUCCCAAGAAGGGCACUCUGGGGAGUACACUGAACUUUAAUUAAAUUCUCGAAAAUGUUUAAAAGCUUUAGGCCAGUUUCUUUCUUCUUCACAUCCACUUUAACUGCCAGGAGCUGCACUCGGCGAAAGAUCUGUUCUGCUGGUGAUUCUGGCUCUCAUUCAUACAGGUUCAUAUAGGUUCAUACUGGUUCUAGUCGUUUCUUACAAAUGAUUACUUCCUCUAUGUUUACAAGUCUCACUUAGUGCACUUUGAUCAGCCCAUCCUUAUGUUUUUAUUGAUGUGUUUUAACUUUGUCUUAUUAAUGGUUUGAUUUUAAUCGUAUGUUUUAAUUUUUCGUUUGUGCGUUUUCAGUAUUUGAUGUUUUUGUAUGUAUAUUCUUUUGCAUUUGUAAGCCACCCUGAGUCCCUGCGGGGAGAUAGAGGUGGGGUACAAGAAUAAAAUAAUAAUAAUAAUAAUAAUAAUAAUAAUUAUUAUUAUUAUUAUUCUACAAUGCAGGGAGAUACACUGAGUCACACAGGAGAGAGGAAGAUGGAUUCUACAAUGCAGGCAGAUACUCGGACCGAGUCACACAGGAGAGAGGAAAAUGGAUUCUACAAUGCAGGCAGAUACUCGGACUAAGUCACACAAGAGAGAGGAAGAUGGAUUCUUUUGUCCUCCUUAUAUAUGUAGCCACCUGCUGAUAGGUCAUGAGUAAGGGACACGAAUUUAAGUGGCUGAGGGGGAAAAGGAAGGGGCCUGAAGCUGUUAGGAAUGGUGGGAGUUGAAGUAAAAAACAUCUGGAGGGAGAGCCGAAGUUUGUCCAUGCAUGCUCUACAAGAUGCUCAUCCUGCAUAGCAAAGGGUGGACUGGAUGGCCCAUGUGGUCCCUUUCCAACUCUAUGAUAUCAGCCUUCAUCGACAUGGCACACUCCAGCUGUGUUGAAUUUUGAUUCAAGUAUAAACAAGCAGAUAAGAAGAAAGAUCAAGGUACUACUGCGAAGCCCCCUAAAGAUAAGAAAGACAAAAUAAAUCAUAAACCGGAAUCCAAAAAUGAGUCAUCAAUAAAUCAGAUCAAGCCAAGAACAGUUCUUGAUGUCCUGGAAGUCAAUCAAGCGACACCCCUCCUGUGUGACCCAGCAAUACUAUCAGACCCACAAGUCAUACAGGAUCCCUGGGAAACCGUCUUUGCUAAAAGAAAGGAAAACAAGGACAACAAUGAAAAGAAAUGGGUAAAGAACUUUGAUGUUCCAGAUGUGGGGGAUUGGGAGAUGAUACUGGUGCCAAACAAGUUGGUGAUCACUAACUAUCCUAAGCCCCAGGGCCUCCUCUCACCCGCAGCACAUAAAGGCCACCUCCUAAGGGUUUUAGAAGUUGUGGAGUGCAAUGCCAUUAGUCUAGCUGAAAUAACCCAGAUAGAAUACCUCUUUUACAACUACCCACAUGCACGGGCAGUUAUAACAUACAAAUGAUUAUUUAGCAAACAGGAUCACUAGUACAACCGAUUUCUGCUGCUAGGCAUACGGUAGCUCUUGUCUAUUAAUUUAGUUUGGGGAACCAGGGCAGGUAAGUAUAUGAGUGCAUCUACACUUUCGAAUUACAGCAGUUCUAUAGAAUGACACCACUUCUACUGCUAUGGAUCAAUAGUAUGGACUGAUGGAUUUUAAACAUAUGUAAUGGUACACAACUUUCCAUAAUAGCAGCCAUCUUUUACUGUCAGCAAUUUUCUUCAGAUUUUUUUCCCACAAAGAAAACGGGGUAGGAACAAAAACGGGGUGGGGACAAAUCUCAACUGUGUGAUGGCGAAUCAAUGGAGGACUCAUGAGUAAAACAGAUAGAUUGAAAAGUAUGUGAUGAAGGUAAGGAAAUCAUCCAUUUAAUUUCAAAAUGGAGUAUGCCUAAAAUGAAUGAUAAACCACUCUCCCAAACACCUGGCCUGUUUAGUGGGAUGAAAUCUAACACUUCCUAAGCCAUCUGAUGUGGGGAACCAACAUUUUAUUUUUUCUUUGUACCAGGGACAAGUAAGGAGCCACGAUAGCGCAGCUGAUUAAACCACUAAGCUGCAGAACUUUCUGACUGGAAGGUCAGCGAUCUGAAUCCACGGGACAGAUGGGUGUUCCUGCAUGAGAAGGCCUAUCAGAUAAGGGACACCUCCAUUGAGUCCUCUGUAGUGACAAAGGUGAAGGGCUUCGGCAAGUACAGCAACCGUGUGAUGGACACAGCAGAUUAUGUUACACCCCCGCAGGGAACAUCAGUCUUUGUUAUCAUCACCAAACUCAUUGUGACAGAAAACCAGGUACAAGGCUUCUGCCCAGAGAAUCAAUCCCAAUACAAAUGUAAAUCGAACAACGAUUGCAAGAGGCCUGUCCCCACCACAGGAGGAGGGAUCCUGACAGGUCGAUGUGUUAAUUUCAAUGCCACUUUCCGGACCUGUGAAAUCCAGGGCUGGUGCCCAGCAGAGGUGGACAAUGUUGCUGUGCCAGUCAUGCUAGAGGCAGAAAACUUCACCCUCUUUAUUAAGAAUAGCAUACGCUUUCCACUGUUCAACUUUGAAAAAGGAAAUCUCCUUCCUAACCUCACAACUGAAGACAUCCAGAAAUGCCGUUUUCACCCAGAAAAGCAGCCAUUCUGCCCAAUCUUGCGCCUUGGGGACAUCGUGAAAUUUGCGGACCAAAAUUUUUCAUCAUUGGCUAUGACGGGUGGAAUAAUUGGGAUCAAGAUUGGAUGGGUUUGUGACCUGGACCAUUCUGAGGAGCACUGCAUCCCCCGCUAUUCCUUUAAUCGACUUGACAGUGUCUCUGAAAAGAGCAAAGUGUCUAGAGGAUACAAUUUCAGGUAUGCCAAGUACUACAAGCGAGAGAAUGGCACAGAGUUCCGCACACUGAUGAAGGCAUAUGGCAUUCGCUUUGAUGUUCUGGUCUAUGGCAAUGCUGGGAAGUUCAACAUCAUCCCGACACUCAUCAAUACUGUGGCAGCCUUCACAUCUGUUGGGGUGGGGACAGUUCUCUGUGACAUCAUUCUCCUCAACUUCUUGAAGGGAGCAGAUCAAUAUAAGGCAAAGAAGUUUGAAGAGGUAUCAGAGAAAGUGUUGCAAUCAGAUACUGCCACCAAUCCUGUUUAUCAGAGUAACCAGAUGUUGGAGGGCCCUUAUGAGGAAAAGCAUUCAACAGAUUCUGGAGCUUUCUCACUUGGGCUCUGAUGCAUAGGAACCAGGAAAUGGAACUGUAUAAUUUAUCUAUUUCACUCUUCAUUAUCAUGGUACCACUUUGCACAAUAGCCCUUCAGUCAGAACCUGGGGUGUAGCUGCUGGUGGGAGAGGAUAAAAAAAUGAUGGCAUUACUCUUCAAAUAAGAAUGCAAUUGUUAUUUCACUUUUCAAUUUUCUAACCUUACAGAAACUCAAAACUUCAGCUUCAGCAUUAAUGUUUCAGUUAAUCACCCUAAUUAGCAUUGGAAAGGUUUUUGUCUCUUGCCUGGGGGCAUCCUUUGUUCAGUCAUUAGCUGUCCUCUCCCCUCAGAGUGUUGGUUCCCACCUACUGUUUUGAUUUUAGAGUUUUUUAAUAAGGGUAGCCAGAUCUAAUUAGGGUGAUUAACUGAAACAUUAAUGCUGGCUUCCCAGUGACAAAGGACUCUUGCCACAUCCUGGACUCUACACAGAUAUAUAUUUUUUCCUUUCCUUACUUAUUUUAUCCAUACCUCACAACCUCUGAGGAUGCCUGCCAUAGAUGUGGGCAAAACGUCAGGAGAGAAUACCUCUGGAACAUGGCCACACAGCCCGAAAGACAUACAACAACCCUGUGAUCCCGGCCAUGAAAGCCUUCGACAACACGGUGUCAGGUUUUCUCUAGGCCAAAGCCCCUUCCUUCUCAUUUCCCCCCCAGAAAUUUGCUACAACUGAAGUAUUAUAACCUAACAAAAAGGAGAUCUAUCGUGCUUCACCAGUGAGCUAUUAAUAUGUUUAUAAUAUCAGAAUUAAGAAAUAUUACCCAAAAAAAAGAGCUCCAAGAGAUGGUCAAUGAAACUGAAGAAAAAAUAGCUUGUAAGUAAUGUAUCUGAAACUAAAAACAUAUGUCCACGUUGCCUAAAUAGUUCCUGUCAACUGUUAGGAUAUGGUGCUAUAGGCACUGCACUCGUGGCAACUAUCCCUUUAGCUGAGUGAAGGAGCCAUCCCCAGUUUUCCCACUGUCAUAUUGAGUAAAGUAAAAAUGACUGGCAGGCCUUAGGCAAAGUGUUGAAUAAUUCUGAAAUAAAAAUAAAUAAACAAAAGGCAUGCAUAAUUUUUUAGAUGAGAAAGUAUUGUGAACUUCCAAGAAUUUGUCUUCUUUUUUUAAAAUGUUGUUUGAAAUUCUCAUGUCCAAGAGCUAUGAGCUAUGAAGGCAUGUCCCCUGAAGGAGAAAGCAGUGGGGGACUUUUAAAAUGUCUGUUUAAUUUACCAAAUUACAAGCAGGCCUAUUAAAGGAAAGCAGACUUUGCAACAGGAAGCAUGACUGCUUCAAGUUACCCUAAAUAACUCAGGACUCUGCCUUCUACCGAAUCAGAUCAUAGAUUCAACUUGCCCAAUAUUGUCUGUACUCAAGAAAGAGAGCUGCUAAUUAUGUGGGACAAUAAUAUGGCCUGCCAGGACAGUUCUUCUCUUCCAUGAAGGCUAUAGGGAGGCCAUCCUCAAAGCCCUGUCCUGCUCAAAAAGGAGAGCAGGUGAGCAAGCAAAUGAGUUAAAACAUCAUGCCUGCAGCUCAGUCAACUUCACUCUCUCUCCCCAUUCCCAAUAGCAAAGCUGGCUUGGAGCACAUCAGAAUGGAGAACUCCCCAGAAAUCUGACUGCAUCAACUUCCCAAGUUCCAUGUUUUCUCAGAAUCAGGGAAAUUUCCAGAGGAAUAAAAAUGAGCUCAGGCCUCAUCUGAUGCCCAGGAAAAUGGCUUUUCUAGUCACAACCUGUAUCUCAUCGCCUCUUGUUCACUUUCUCCUUGGGAUAAGCAACAGCAAAUCUCAAUCUGGUACCUGGAAAAGCCACUGCCUAAGAAACCCACUCCAAAGGGGGUUUAGGUCCACACAGCUAGGGAAAAAUGGACUUGGCCUGUUGGCUGUCCACAUGCCAUUCCAAAAAUUUGGAAUCUGGCCAUUAAAAAAACAACAACCCAAAAGCCUUUGAAAAAAGAAAGAAAACCUUACCAGAGGCCAUUAAACCUCUUUUCAGGCCUGAUGGACAUGCGAGGAGAUGCGGGUGGGGGAGACCCAAAUUGCUCCUACCUUUCUUUAUUUCCUCAUGCAUAAACGGCCCGGGCUGUGGCGCAAGCUGGUGAGCAGCCAGCUGAGACCAAUCACUCUGAUCAAGAGGUCAUGAGUUCGAGGCCAGCUCGGAGCCUGCAUUUGUCUUGUCUUUGUUCUAUGUCAAGGCAUUGAAUGUUUGCCUAUAUGUGUAAUGUGAUCCGCCCUGAGUCCCCUUCGGGGUGAGAAGGGCAGAACAUAAAUGCUGUAAAUAAAUAAAUAAUUAAUAUGUUCCAUCAGGCCUGAAAAGAGGUGCCCGGUAAUUUUUUUUAUUUUUAAGGGGUUUUUUUUGGGGGGGGGGGUUGACUUACAAAGCUAUAUGACUCCGGUCUAGGUUAUCUGAAGGACCGCAUUUCCUUCUACAAACCUGGGCGACAUCUACGAUCUACUCAGUGCCACCACACAUUAAAGCACUCUUAGAGGGAACACAGGAGGGGGCCUUUUCGGUGGCUGCUCCCAGCAUGUGGAACUCCCUCCUAAGAGAAACCAGAAUGGCCCCAUCCCUGCUAGCCUUCUGCAAACAGGUCAAAGCUUUCCUCUGCUAACAGGCUAUUAGGGAAGGGAUAGAGGAGGCUCUGG